AUGGGAAGCCAGUUGUGUAGAAUUUGCCCAACUCACUUGGCAGGUAUAUUUACAUCGAAUGCACCAUUCGGUUUCCAAAUUCAAUCGUCACUCAGUGACCCACAGAAAUCGCCUUUUCCGACAGAUGAAUUGACGAGUUUGAAAAAUAAGGAUAAAACCAUGGCAUUAGCACUUGAGUAUUUGCACGAUGAUCAACAAUUUGCAUCUGUUUGGCAAUCUGAUAGUAUUCAUCCUGAAACACGCCGUUGGAUGAGGAAAUUGAUACAAAUACAAACAAUCAAUGCUGUUUUCAAUGGUUUCUAUCGAUUAUCCGAUGGGACUAAAGUACGAUUAGAUAUCAAUCGAAUGAAUUGGGCUGCUGAAAAUUCUAAAUUAUAUGAAGGUUAUAAUGAUGAUGAGUAUAGUCCAACACAACAGGAGCAUUUGUAUGAAGAAAUAGCGAAAAUUUACGUUGCCGAUGGAGAUUGUCUUGAUGCAGUUCUGUGUUUAAAAAAAAACCGUUCGAAUUGCAAUCCAGUGGUACUCAACAUGGCUAACGCUUUUACUCCCGGCGGUGGAUGGCGUGAUGGCUCUGGCGCACAAGAGGAAAAUCUUCAUCGCCGUACGAAUUUAUUUCAAUGUCUCGAAGAUUCUUAUAAUCAACUCAGUGACAAACGAAAUUGGAGUUAUCCAAUACCCGAGUUUGGUGGUAUCUAUUCACCCAAUGUCAGCGUUUUCCGUGGUUCAGAAAUCAAUGGUUAUCCGUUCUUCCCUAACGGUCCGGAAUACAUCUCAUUUAUUGCAUGUGCUGCUUACUCUUUUCCAAAUACAAAGAUGAAUGCAUAUGGAGAAUUGGAGCUUUACGGCGAGGAUACAAUCCUCCGAACCAAGAAGAAAAUCGAAACGAUUUUAAAAAUCGCCUUGGAUAAUAAUCAUGAUACUGUGAUUUUAUCAGCAUUUGGAUGUGGUGCUUUUCGAAAUCCACCUAAACAUAUGGCAAAACUGUUCCAAGAAGUGAUCGAUUCAAAAUAUUCGCAUGCAUUCAAGUAUAUCAUCUUUGCAAUUAUUGAAGAUCAUAACUCAGCGAGAAGUCAUAAUCCUGAAGGAAAUAUUGUACCAUUUUCUCGCGUUUUUAACGUACCGGUUUUAACUGUUCCUCAAUUAGAACAACUUAUUUCUUCGCAUUUAACCAGUGCUCUAUAA